CUACACACGCUACACAUUAGGAGCCAAGUAACCAGCCAGCAGAUAAUUUUUCAAAGAUCUUCACAACAAUUUUCAUAGCUGGCCAUUGUUAUCAUCUUCAUCAUAGCCAUUGGAGUUGUUAUAGGCGCACUCAGUUCUACAUCAGUGCCCCUGAGAGCGAAACACCCUUGCUCUCCACCACCCUGCCCAACCAGCCUGUUGAAGCUGGCAAAUAUUUUUGUUAUCAUUUAAUAGAGGAGUCAUUUGGACACAGCAACCACCGAUCAACGGUUUUUACCUCUAUUGCCGCCUGCACCACCCUCUAGCGCCGUCCAUAUCAAAUUUUGCUCAGCCUUACCACGCAAACGGUGAAAACUGGAGGUUUCACUUAUCAGCCAUCAUCUUGUGUCCAGUAUUAAGUUUUAAGUCGUACAUUGAAGCAAAGGUGUUUUGUUGGCGUACCACUUGUGCGCAUGUGCACAGUUUAAUAGCAGUAAAAAUGAAUUUCGGAGCAACAACAGCAGUAGCCGCAACGGUGCUACAAUUUUUGAUAAUAUUUGUGGUGAGAUCACCGGAAAAUUUCUAUGUAGAGAGUGCAGUGGGUUUGUAUGGACCGGAUAGGUAUGAAGGCCUCCCCGAGACUUGCCUUAUGCCCAUGGAUUUUGGCUAUUGUCGUGCUAAAUUGCAACGCUAUUACUUUGACAUUAGACGCAUGAAGUGCACCAUGUUCUAUUGGGGCGGAUGUGCUGGCAAUGAUAACAAUUUCAAAUCCAUGGAUGAGUGCAAUGACUUUUGCUCAUCAGCCUACGAGAAUACCAACAGUGUGGUGCCCCUCAAGCGGGAACGUUCGGAAAGUAAUGCAGCCCCAAGCACCAAUGUAAAAUCCACUGCUCUCAACAGCAGAGGCAGCAGCAUUUCCAAGCCUAGCCCACCCAAAUUCGCAGUGAAAAGUAUUCCGGCAUCAUAUCGAGACAAUGCAAGUAGCAACACCAACAACAGCUCCAGCUCCACAUCUAGGUCAAAUUCAAAGACCUUCAAUGUUAAUCCCCCACAGAAAGAGCUUAAAUACCCCUCGAACAUAGACGAUUUGGAGGAGGAGGAAUAUGAUGAGUAAUUUUAAAAAUAUUUAAACAAAAAAUCGAAAAAACUGCAAAUGUGUAUAUGCGAUAUAUGUAUAACGUAAAAUAAAAAAAUAAAUUAUUUACA